CGGCUAAUAAAAAGUUUGAGGAUGACAACGAAAUGAUUUAGGCAAUGUACGAAAUAGAUAUAUAUUAAUCAAUUAGAAAAUUGUGAAAGUAAAAAAUAUAUAAUCGAACUUAAAAUUAAGAAACUGAUUAUCUUUAUCAGGACCGCUGUCUCAAAUAUGCAACUUCCCGGAAUUUACUUAGAGGACGGUGGUCGACAGUGUUCUAAUUUCAUACCCGAGCGUCCUCAAAGAGCGUCUGGUUUGGAAAUGGACGAAACCCGCCGGGAAAAUAUUGCCUAUGAAUAUCUGUGUCACCUGGAGGAGACUAAAUUAUGGAUCGAAAUAUGUAUCAACGAAAAGUUACCACCUUCUACCGAAUUAGAAGAAGGAUUACAAAAUGGGGUCUUUCUAGCCAAAUUAUCGCAUUUCUUUGCACCAAAAAUUGUUCCUUUGAAGAGGAUUUUUGACAAAGACCAGUCGCGGUAUGAGACGCGAGGUUUACACUUCCGCCAUACAGAUAACAUAAAUCACUGGUUACGAGCCAUGGAGGAAGUUGGAUUGCCGAAAAUAUUUUACCCAGAAACGACGGAUCUGUACGAUCGAAAAAAUAUGCCACGUGUUGUUUAUUGUAUCCAUGCAUUAAGUCUUUUCCUGUUUAAAUUGGGCAUUGCACCCCAGAUACAGAACUUGUAUGGGAAAAUCAGUUUUACAGAUGAAGAGAUCAGUGCUAUGAGGAAAGAAUUGGAAAAAUAUGGAAUACAGAUGCCGGCAUUCAGCAAAAUAGGAGGAAUAUUAGCAAAUGAGAUGCCUGUUGAUGAAGCUGCAUUACAUGCAGCCAUCAUAGCCAUCAACGAAUGUAUUGAUCGUGGUGUAUUCCCGGACACUUACGCUGCUUUACAAAAUCCAGCUGCGCAUCUGUUGAAUAUCAGACAGAAAAAUGAUGAAAGUUAUCAGGAUGUUUUACUUACAGCUAAGCAGAGUAAAGCAGAGGCUGUGAUGAAUAAGUCAUUACGCGAAGGUGACACUUUCGAGGAACGUGAUGUAUACGAUACAUUGUUGACGCAAGCUGAAAUCCAAGGCAACUUGAACAGAGUCAACUUACUCACGCAGUUAGACGUCAUAAAUACAGCCAUUGAUAACGGGGACGAGCUGGAAUUGUUUGAUGCGCUUUCAUCUCCUGAUGUGGCUUUAAGAGAAAUCACAAAGGAUAAUAGCGAAUGGUACCGGGAUACGCUCGUUAAAUACAAGCAGGAAAUGGAGGCCUCUGGUGGAGACAUAGUUUUCUUGGAGAAAGAUGACAUACAGAAAACAAUUAACACAGCCAAUACAAAUGCUGUUCAGUACAAAAACUUGGUUACGUCCGUGUCUACUAUCAAUGGCUGUAUAGAUCGUGGAGUGCCUGAAGAUACCAUUGCUGCACUCAUGAAAUCAGAAGCCAUGUUACCAGCCGUCUUACCUGAAUAUUCACGUCUGUAUCAAGCUGAGCUGGCCAAUUUGAAAAAUAACAAAGAUGGGAAACAGUUAACGCAUGACGAGUUGGUGUCGUCUGUCCAAAUACUGAGUGCAAUCGCUAACAUCAAUAAGUCAAUUGAGAGAGGGGACGCCAAUGAGACAUUAUUGACAUUGAGUAAUGACCAUGCAGACAUCAGAAGUGUGGAUGAUUCUCUGCAAGACAGGUACCAGGAAUGCCUUACCACUAACAAAGAUCUUAAAACAAAGCAAGAAGACUGUGAAUAUUUAACACAUAAUGAAAUACAACGAACUGUUCAUCAAGUCAACAGUGAAUUUCAAGACGAACAGGGUCGUAUUGUGGCAAUUGGUACGAUUAACGAAGCCAUUGAUAGCGGCAAUGCAUCUGAGACUUUAGCGGCACUGUUACUACCAUCCGCUCAUCUGUGUAGAGUUGAAGACAAACAGAAGGAUUUGUACCAAGCUGUUCUGGUCACGGAGAAACAAGACAAGGCUGCGAGAACUCAAGACCCGGCCGCUGUUCUGUGGUUGGAAGAGAUUCAGAAUGCUAUUGACGAUGCUAACAACCAAGCUUUAGAAGCCAAUAAAUUGGCAACUGGGUUAGCUGCUAUAAAUUUAAUGGUGGACGAUAGUAACACGUCUGCCUUGCUUCAAGCUUUGAAGUCGCCUGAUGUAUUUCUAUCUAGCGUUUCCCCAGAAUGCAAUCAAGAUUAUUUGGAACAUUUGAAAUCGAUGAAAGAAAAGAAGAAAGAGUUGAAUGGAGAGAUGAAAGAGAAUGGAUGGGUGUGUCACUCCACUAAAGAUGGUAUCCCAUUCUACUUCAAUAAUAUGACAAUGGACUAUACAUGGUUACCACCGACAGACUUCACACCACAGACGAGCCAACUGAGUCGUGAUGAAAUACAGAAUGUUGUACAUAAUGUUACAGCGGCGCAUGAUAGACAACUGUUGUUCAAAUCCAACGAGCAUUUAAUUGUAAAACUACAAUCGCACACACGAGGUACAUUGGUCAGAAAAGAAUACAAGAAAAGAAAGAAUUUUAUGUUUACACAGUUACCAGCUAUCCUGAAAAUACAGGCUUGGUGGAGAAUGGUACUUCAACAAAGAACCUAUCAGGGAAGAUUAGAUUAUUUAAAUAGUCAAGUUGAUACAGUUACCAAGCUGCAGGCCCUGGUGCGAAUGUUAUUAGCCAGAAAACACUUCAAAGAGCGUCAACAAUUCUAUAGAAAUAAUGAAGGUUCGAUCAUUAAACUCCAAGCCUUUUUACGUUCAAACAAAGCAAGACAAGAUUAUUACGCCCUCAUGCAUUCAGAAACACCAUCUGUGUCUGUUGUGAGGAAAUUUGUUCAUCUGCUCGAUAACAACGAUGCUGAUUUGCAAGAAGAAUUAGACUUACAAAAACUACGUGCUCAAGUAGUAACAGAUAUUAGAUCAAAUCAAAGAUUAGAACAUGAUUUGAAUACAAUGGAUAUCAAAAUUGGUCUGCUUGUACGAAACAGGAUCACCUUGCAGGAUGUUGUGAUGCACGGUAAAAAGCUAAAACGAGAGAAGGCCGACACGAGUCGUCCGUCCAGCAUUGUGGGAUUGAAAUCACUGAGUAAGGAGAAGAGAGAGAAGUUGGAGGCAUACCAACACCUCUUCUACCUACUACAGACACAACCAAACUACCUAGCUAAGUUGAUAUUUGAAAUGCCACCUAGUGCCACCAAUAAAUUCAUGCAGUCUGUUAUUCUUACGUUGUACAACUAUGCGUCUAAUCAAAGAGAGGAGUUUCUGCUUUUGAAAUUGUACAAAACUGCUUUGCAAGAGGAAGUACGAUCAAAAGUUGAUAAAAUCCUAGAUGUUGUGAUUGGAGAUGCCAUGGUUAUACGAAUGGUACUUCAUUAUAACCGAGCUCAGAGAGGUACUAAAGGUGAAAGUUCAUUGCGUGAGUUAUUACAACCUUUAGUUAAAGAGAUCCUGGACAACAAGAAUUUGAUUAUUAACACCAACCCGGUGGACAUCUACAAGGUGUGGGUGAACCAGAUGGAAUCCAAGACUGGUGAGAAAAGUAAAUUGCCUUAUGAUGUGACUGCAGAUCAAGCAUUGAAGCAUGAGGAAGUCCGUGAACAAUUAUCAAAAUCUAUCAGUAAUCUCCAUAAAGUGACUGAGAAAUUCUUUCAUUCAAUCGUUACCAAUGUUGAUAAGUUGCCGUAUGGUAUUCGUAUCAUGGCUAAGGUUUUAUGUGAUUCGCUGGAUGAGAAAUUUCCCGAUGCAAAAGACGAAGAUGUUCUCAAGGCCAUUGGAAACUUGGUAUACUAUCGUUACAUGAACCCAGCUAUAGUUGCUCCUGAUGCUUUCGACAUCAUUGACGUGGGGCCAGAACGGGGACUGACAAUGCAACAGCGAAGAAACUUGGGUUCAAUUGCUAAAAUGUUACAAUUUGCGGCUUCCAAUAAAAUGUUUGAAGGAGAAAGCGAGUACAUGUCUUCACUUAACAAGUAUAUAUCAGAGGCGCACAACAAAUUUCGUCAAUACUUUGCUGCUGUUUGUCAAGUGCCUGAUUUAGAAGAGAAAUUUAAUAUGAAUGAGUUUUCUGACUUCACUACAACGACCAAACCGGUUAUUUAUAUCUCUGCACGAGAGAUCUGUGAUACCCAUGCUUUACUCCUCGAACACCAAGACGUUCUCACGCAAGAUGCCAACGAUCCAUUGCAUGAAUUAUUGGAGGAUUUAGGUGACCAACAACCAGACAUCGAAGAUCUCAUUGGUGAAUUGCCCGGCGAUCCAAAUGACCCUGCUGUUCAGACGUUUAUGAAUAACAUGGCUAAAGUAGAGAUAUCGUUAACUUUGAAUAAUAAAUUUGAAAUCCUGGAUGAGGAUGAUACCGAUCUUAAGAGUCUUUUUAUCAGGACCAAACAGCUGAUUGUCGACGUGAUUGAUUGCCAACCAGGUGAUACCCUGCCUCAGAUAUUAUCCAUACCAGCCUCAGAUGAGAUGGAAGAAUCUCAUCAAAAUAUGGUGAUAUCAAGAGAAGCUAGAGAUAAACGAGCUGAUAAAAAAGGGGGUUUAAAGCGAUCAUUGUCAGUCUACGGAGACAGUCGAUUGCCUUUAGAAGGUAAAAAGAAGAAAAUAAGACGCAAUUUGAAGUUAUUGGAAAAAGCUAGUUUGGUGACAAGUUCCAAUAGUUAUCAAGACAUCGUGAAUGCGAUCGUCCAGGAUAUCAGAAACCAGCGACGGUAUCGACAACGACGUAAACAAGAAAUCAUGAAACUACGUAAUACUUUGAAAGGUUUGGAAACCAAGGCUUCAUUCUAUGAGGAACAAAUAGAUUAUUACCAUCAGUAUGUUAAGACCUGUCUGGACAAUCUGCAGAGGAAAGGAAAAAAAUCACAGAAAGCGCGAAAUCCUUUCACUGUUAACAAAGAAACGACAAGAAUACAGGGUCAGAUUAAGUACACUGCUGCUAAACUCCAUGAGAAGGGAGUCAUAUUGGAAAUAGAGGGAUUACCAGAAAACCAAUUCAAGAACGUCAUGUUUGAGAUCGGUACAACUGAUGUUCCUGGAACAUUCCAAGUUUCUGCCAAGUUUAUGGGUGUUAGUAUGGAGAGAGUGGAGGUGGUUUUUCAGGAUUUAUUGCAGUUACAGUAUGAAGGUGUCGCCGUGAUGAAGAUGUUUGGAAAAGCCAAAGUCAAUGUCAAUCUGCUGAUCUUCCUCAUCAAUAGGAAGUUCUACGGCAGAUAAGAACCAAACCUUUUAUUUCGCUUUUUAAACUAGUUAAAAAUAUGCAUUGUUGUAAAAUAAUUUUUUUUUAAAUAUGAAGAUGAAACAGAAUUUUACUUUCACAGCAUUGUGUAUCGAGUAGGUAUUUAAACUUUCAGUGAUUUGGGAAACUGGUAUGUGUGCCUUACUUUUAGGAAAACCCACCUUCAAUCAAAACAAGUGUACAGGGAGUGUGUCAUAUUUACGUAGGUGUCCCUGUUUGUUGAUGUUGUAUUCACAAAUUUCUAUAAAAUGAUAUGGUGUGAGAAAUAAUUUUAUAUAUGGAUUUUCAAUACCGCAUUCCCUUAUAUCUAAAUACGAGGUUUAGUAUGUUAGUUGUAAUAUCAUAGAUUUAUUAAUUUUCACAGUUGCCAUUUUUUCCCCACCAUUGGUAAUUUCAAUAUUAUGAAUAUUAUAUAGCUUACCCUGUUGCACUUUUUUUAAAAUGUACAAAGUAUGAGAUUAGUGUAAAACAUCAGUUUAUUUGGUUCCAGUAUGUAAAUUUAGACGGUUUAUGUAGACACUAUCAUCAUGUUACUUUAUUUUAAAUUGCUAGUAUUUUCCGUUUUUUUUUUUCAUUGAAUGUCUAUCUGUUACUGUCAUCUUCUUUUCCAGUUUUAAAAAUGUUUUUUUUUUUUUUUUACGUAUGGGUAGAUUGAACUGUCUUUCUGUUUGCUUUAAGAGUUGCACCAUUAUUGCUGGGGAGGGAGGGAAGGGUGGUGUAUUUGCUUUUAACAAAAAGACUAUUUACAGAGGACAAAUAUUUGCAUGAAUGGUGAAACAAAUCAAAAAAUAGUUUUUCAAAGGAAAAAAUCUAUUGUUGACCUCGCUAACCAAAACUGCCCCCCCAGGAAAUAAUGGUUCAGCCCUAAACCUUUCACUGCCAUUAGCAACAUUCCAACUGUGCAAUUAAUUUUUAAAAUUGCUGUAUGAAUUUCAGUUUGGUAAAAUGAAUCUCUGCAACAGUUGAUUUUGGGUUUGGAAAUUCUAAAACUAGUUCAUUACCGAACCUGCGUUUGGAAGUGCUCUCUGAGUUAAUGCACUAGUCUCAAUAGACGUUAUAUAUAAAAGGCCGGGUAUUUGGGUCUCAAAUGUUGAAGACACAUUUCUAAUCUAUAAGAUACUGUGUGAUCAUUGCAUAUCACUUGGUUAUGUCCGGGGUCCGUCCCACUGAAUCAGAGCUUGCCCUGUAAUGAUGCACAUUAUGAUUGGCUGUUGUUCACAGGUGCACUAAUGAAAACUAUUCUUCCAAUAUAUUAUCCCGUCCUAUGUCUAUUAUGUACUUAAAAUGACAUUUGCAUUUUAUUAAUUUUUUUUUGAUCACAUGGAAAACUGACAUCUAAGGCAAAAUGGAUUUCUUAGCAGUUCCACAAUUAGGGUGGGUAAUGGACUAAUCCCGCUGAAGGUCAUAACUGAUGUUCUGCUCCACGGAUAAUUAAAACGCGCACAAAUUCCUUAAACAUUUACAUCGAUGUUAAUGCAUUGUAUUGUAUACUGUAAAAUACUUUAUUUUAGCUGGAUUUAAUUUUUGCUGAAACGACUUUUGAGGUGUUUUGUGUAGAAUUUAUUUUGACUGAUUUUUGAUAAGUUGAAUGUAAAAUGUAGGAAAAAAGGUAUAUUUGAUGGAUUUUAUUUUCACUGAAUUACCCCUUCAGCGAAAAUAUGGAAAAUAAAUUCCAAGUGUAAAUAAAGUACUUUACAGUAUAUAAAUGGUUUUACCACAUCACAUCAUGGAGAUGUAAUUCUCCGCCAUUCAUUGUAUUCGCAUCUCUGCCAAAGAUGCGUUUUAUGAAAUAUACAACUUAAACAUUUUUGUGCUCUGUUAUUGAAAUUCAGUUUCCUUUCAAAACAACAAAAAUAUACAUGUUUAAUUAUUCAUGAUUCCGCCAUUUGUUAAGUUUACUCUAGUUGUAUUACAUUUACAAGUUUAUUCACUGCACAUUGAAUUCUGGGUAUUGUUCCAUUAUAUUUGAACUUUCUCACUUAUACUUUCAGCUGGUACUGUUUAUGCAAAGAAAACGGCAGUUCAGAUUAUUUUUAGUUUUAUAACAUUUUUCUCCCCCCUGGUGUCAUCAAUAAGCUGCCAUUUACAGUAUGUAGUAUGUAUAUGCGAUAAUCAAAAACUUGUAUCUUUCUCAAAUUUUUCAUUUUUACGUGUAUGUGAAUGAGCUAGGAUUGGUGAGUUGCUGUUUUCAUGCUUUCUCUUAAAGCGACAGUCAUUAGGUAACACUGUGUUUCUAUGUAUAUUCUAUGGUAACAUGUGUUAACACAAAUUCUAAUGCAUGUUGUGCAAAGACUGACACUUUAAAAUAUCUAAACUAUGAACAGCAUUUUACUUUUGAAACCAUCAGUGGAAAUUGCUAUCUGGAAAACAAUGAAUCAUUUUUCCGUCGGUAGUAAAUGCUUUUUCAGUCGGUAGUCUAUAUUGACAAUUAAAAGACUUGCUUUUUUUUUGUUUUCAAGUAGAAAUAAAAUUAUAUAUAGCAGUCUGUAUGGAAA